UUGUAACCUUUUUUUUUUUGCAGGAAGAAAAAAUUGCUGCAUUGGCCGCUCUGGCCGACCAACUGGUGGCAGCCGAUCAUUACGCUGCCGAUGCAAUAAAUGAAAAGAAGGAUCAAGUUUUAGAAAGGUGGCAUCACCUGAAGGACAAUCUCAUUAAGAAACGUUCAAAACUUGGAGAAUCUAUGACCUUGCAGCAGUUCAGUAGGGAUGCAGAUGAGAUAGAAAAUUGGAUAACAGAGAAGCUUCAAAUGGCAAUGGAUGAGUCCUACAAAGAUCCUACCAACAUACAGAGCAAACAUCAAAAACACCAGGCAUUCGAAGCAGAGUUGGCUGCCAAUGCGGACAGAAUUCAAUCUGUCCUAGCCAAUGGUCAGAACCUUAUUGACCAGCACCAGUGUGCUGGAUCUGAAGAGGCUGUCCAGGCACGACUGAGCUGCCUUGCCGAGCAGUGGGAGCACCUCACUAAGAAGACAAUCGAAAAGAGCAUUAAGAUAAAAGAGGCAAACAAGCAGAGAACUUUCAAUGCUGCUGUCAAAGACAUUGACUUCUGGCUUGGAGAAGU